AUGAAGACUCAUAAAAAAAAGAAGUCAUUGGGAGGAUUAUUUUCACAUUCUUCAUCUAGUCCAAAUUUAAAAAGUUUUUUAACUGAAGAAGUAAUACAUGAACAACAACAACAACAACAACAACAUAAUAAUAAUAAUAAUAAUAAUAAUAAUCAUCAAAGACAACCAUCCACAACAUCAACAUCAUCAUAUAUUGAUAGUGCAUCAUCAUCAAUUGAAGAAACUAGUGGUUAUUUAAGUAAAACUUCAAGUUCAUCAUCAUUACCAUCAUCACCAUUACAUAAUCAAAAUCAAAAUCAAAAUGGUAAUAUUCAAUUAAAUAGUAGUAGUGGAUCUUUAAAUAAUAAUGAACAACAACAACAACAACAAUCUAUAUCACAAACAUCAUCACCAAAUACAUCAUCACCAAUAAUGGGUAAAAAGAAACCAUCAAGAUUAGCACAAGCAUUCAAGAGGGUUAAAAAUAAUGGUAAUAAUAAAUUAAAGAAAGAGAUUGAAGAAUUAACUAAUAAAACUGGAUUAAAUCAACAAUAUACUCAUUCAAAUUUACCAUUCAAUGUUGUAGAAUCUGAUAUUGACAAUGGUAGUAGUGGUGGUACAACUUCAUCCACUGGCAAUAUAAUUAGUCAUUCUAAAAGUCCAUCAUCAUCAUCAUCGUCAUCGUCAUCGAAAAAACAUCAAAGAAAAUCAAGAUUUAUUGAACCAAUUUCACAAUCAACUGAAGAUUAUACAGAUAUACCAAGAAUCAUUAAAAUGUCUGUAGAAUAUCUAUUUGAAAAAUGUUUAUUAGUACCUGGUAUCUUUAGAGAAAGUGCAAAUGCAAUGGAAUUACAAAGAUUAUCACAACUAUUCGAAAAAGGUGGUGAUAUAGAUUUAUCUGAAUAUACUGAUCCUCAUUGUAUUGGUGGUUUAUUAAAAUUAUAUUUUAGAGAAAAACCAAUUCCAAUAUUUCCAUAUGAUUUACAUAAAAGAAUUUAUUCUGUAUUAAAUGAAGAAGAUUCAAAUAUUAAAGUUAAAUCAUUAUUAGAAAGUGGAUUAGGUAAAGGUCAAUUUUUAAUAUUAAGAUAUUUAUUUGAAUUAUUAAAUGCAGUUUCAAUCAAUUGUAAUGUUAAUUUUAUGAAUUAUCAAAAUUUAGCAAUUUGUUUUGCACCAUCUUUAAUUCAAUCAUUUGAUUUAUCUUGUUAUGAUGUAAUUGAAAGAUUAAUUGAAAAUUAUCAUUCUAUAUUUGGUGUAGUUGUACCUGUUGUUGAUAAUUCUUCAAAUGUUUCUUCAUCAUCUUUAGCACAUCCAAUAAUUGGUGGUAAAUCCGAAACAAAUGUUUCUUUAAAUAAUUUAACUGUAACAAUAUUAGAUCAUGGUGAUAUAAAUAAUAAUUCAAAUAGUAGUAAUAAUAAUAAUAGUUCAUCAUCAUCAUCACCAUAUAAAAAAUCACCAAAGCCAUCACCAAAAUCAUCACCAAAACUUAAUAAUAGGAAUAGUAUUAGUCCAAAAUUAAGCUCAAGUACUAGUUUUAGAAAAAGUAUCAAUUUAAGUAGUAAUAGUAUAAUGAUUUCAGAUGAAGUUCAACAAGAGCAACAGAACCAACAACAACAACAAGAUGAACAACAAGAUGAACAACAAGAUGAACAACAAGAUGAACAACAAGAUGAACAAAAUUCAAAUAGUACUAGUAUUAAUACAUCAAGUAGUAGUAUAACUAGGCCAAGAAAAGGUUCCACUGUACAAUAUUUAAAUAGAAUUAAUACUUGUCGUAGACCAAGUUCUUGGACAAAUAAUAAUAGAAUUAAACAACAACAACAUCACCACCACCACCACCAACAACAACAACAACAUCAACAACAUCAACAACAACAAUCAUCUUCAUCUGAAUCAAAUUCAAGCCUUACGUCAAGCCCUCAAAAGAGAUUAAAUAGUGUAAAUGGUUUAGAAUCAUAUGAAGAGGGUAAAAAUGUAAAUGAAAUUUAUUCUUCAUUAAAAGAAGAAUCUUCAAAACUACCUAAAAAGAGUUCAUUAAAUCGACAAAUGACAAUUGUAAAUAGUAAUAAUAUAGGUAAUGGUGAUGAAAAGAAUAGCGAUUGUACAACAAGUGAUGAAGAUGAAGAAUUAAAAAUUUCAAAACCAAUUAUAAGAUCUACAAGUGUUAAUGAAAUAUUAAAAGAAACCAAUGAUGAUAAUAAUAAUAAUGAUCAAAUAAACAAUAGUAAUAGUAGUAAUAAUAUACCUAAAACAACAAUCACUACUACUACUAAUAAUACAACUACUACAAAUAAUAUUUCACCAAUAGUUAAAUCAAAAUCACAAAUAAUAACAUCUUCAGCUAAAGUAACACCAACACCAACUCCAGCACCAAUGCAAACGUCAUCAUUUUUAUCAACAAAACAAACAAAUUCACCAUCAUCAUCAUCAUCACCAUCAUCAACAGUAUCAUCUACAUCUUCAUCUCCCUCUUCAUCCUUAUCUUCAUCAAUUGAUAAUAAAACAAUGUCAAAUGUAAACUAUAAUAGAUUUCAACCUGCAAAUAGAACUGUUUCAUCACCGAAUGUUAGAAACUUUUCAGUUCCUACAACAACUACAACCACUUCUAUUGGUUCAAAUAGUUUUGUUUCACCAAGAUUUAUUGGAAAGAGAACAACUCCAAGUAUUUUUUCACCAAGAAAGCAAUCCAUUUGUAAACCUAAAAAUACCACCUCAUCAUUGAGUAGUUCUUCAUCUAAUAUUUCAAAAUCUACAAAUUCAACUCCAACUCCAACUCCUGCACCAAUACUUACUUCAACACUUUCUGUAAAUUCUACUUCAAGUAGUAGUAAAUUACAAGAGAAAGCAUUACCAACUAAAACUACAUUCAUUACACAAACUUCAUCACCUUUAUUAUUACCACAGCCAUUAACUUCAACAUCAACAUCAACAUCAACAUCAACAUCAACAUCAACAUCAACAUCAACAUCAACAUCAACUACAAUACCAACACCAACACCAACAACAUCCUCAUUUAAAUCAAAUUCAUUCUCAACCUCAAAUGAUAAUAGUAAUAAUAAUAAUAAUAAUAAUAAUAAUAAUAAUAAUAAUAAUAAUAAUAAUAAUAAUAAUAAUAAUAAUAAUAAUAAUGUUACUUCUCCAACUAUAGUAUCUUCACCAUCUUCACCAACAUCACCAAUAUCACCAACAUCAUCAACAUUUAUAAAAGGUCAUUCUCAUUCAAAUUCAUUAUCUCAAACUCCAUCCUCAUCAUCUUCUUCACUUGGAAAUAGAUUAACAGCACCAGGAAGACAAUUAAAUCAUACAAAUUCUACAUCAUCUUUAAUAUCAAAAUUUAAUCAAAUUGAUACACCUUCAGGAAUUAAUCAAGGUUGGAAAGGUGGUGUUGUAGUUCAAAAGAAACAAGAUCCAGUUAAAAAAUCUUUGGCUAUUUUUGAAAAAGAAUAA